AUGAGUAAUCGCAUUUUUCCACAUUUGGAUACACCUACCCAGCUGCCUAUAGAAAAGAGAUCAGCAAAAUCUCGAAGCAGAAGUCCAUAUUCAUCAAGGCACUCAAGGUCUCGGAGCAGACACAGAUUGUCUAGAUCCAGAAGUCGUCAUUCAAGUAUUUCUCCAAGUACAUUGACUUUGAAGAGUAGCCUGGCUGCUGAGCUGAACAAAAACAAAAAAGCAAGAGCUGCUGAGGCAGCCAAAGCCAGCGCCAAAGCUUCCAAUACUUCGACACCUACUAAGGGAACCACUGACACUGCUGUAAGUGCGCCUCAAGUGAACAAUGUAAAGGACCUGAAGAAAAUAAAAACUGAGCAUACACCUUCUCCGACGAGCAGCGCCAAUUUGAAAAACGAUAAGGCAAAAGCAAAGGUCUCGCUUCCUGAAGCAAAAGGGGAAAAUAAUUUAAUUGCAGACAAAAUUACUAAGCAGAAACCUACAGCGGUAAAAGAGAAUAAAGUAACUGUUGUCAAACAGCCGCCGGUCACUGUAAAAGAGAAAAGCAAACCGAGUACACCCAGUGUAGUAACCAAGGAGAAGGAUCGUAUCGUUGCACUACCAACCUCCACACUGCCACCCUUGCCUUUGCCUCCCACGCUGCCUGAAGAUAAAGAAACUGAUAGUUUGCGAGAGAAUAUUUCAGUGAAGACAGUUAAAGAAGCAGAGAAGAAGCUUCGCCAUCUGCUUGCAGACUUGCCGCUUCCACCCGAGUUGCCUGGAGGAGCUGACUUAUCCAAAAGUCCUGAAGAAAAGAAACCAGCAGUUCAAUUACACAGCAAGAGAAGACCAAAAAUAUGUGGACCACGACACGGUGAAACGAAAGAAAAAGAAAUAGACUGGGGAAAGCGCUGUGUGGAUAAAUUUGAUAUAAUUGGUAUUAUUGGUGAAGGCACUUACGGGCAAGUUUACAAAGCAAGAGAUAAAGACACAGGGGAAAUGGUGGCACUAAAGAAAGUACGUCUGGAUAACGAAAAGGAAGGGUUUCCAAUUACAGCUAUUCGGGAGAUAAAGAUUCUUCGACAGCUUAAUCAUCAAAGCAUUAUCAACAUGAAGGAAAUAGUGACAGAUAAGGAAGAUGCUUUGGACUUCAAGAAGGACAAAGGUGCAUUUUACCUGGUAUUUGAAUAUAUGGACCAUGACUUGAUGGGACUGCUGGAAUCUGGUUUGGUUCAUUUCAAUGAAAAUCAUAUUAAAUCUUUUAUGAGACAGCUGAUGGAGGGCUUGGCCUACUGCCAUAAGAAGAACUUUUUGCACCGAGAUAUCAAAUGUUCAAAUAUUCUACUGAAUAAUAGAGGGCAGAUAAAGCUUGCAGAUUUUGGGCUUGCUCGGCUGUACAACUCUGAAGAAAGCCGACCGUAUACCAACAAAGUUAUUACCUUAUGGUAUCGGCCUCCUGAACUGCUGCUUGGAGAAGAAAGAUACACACCAGCUAUCGAUGUCUGGAGCUGUGGCUGCAUCCUGGGUGAACUUUUUACAAAAAAGCCAAUAUUUCAAGCGAAUCAAGAACUUGCUCAACUGGAACUUAUAAGCCGAAUUUGUGGGAGUCCUUGUCCAGCAGUGUGGCCUGAUGUUAUAAAAUUAGCCUAUUUCAACACAAUGAAACCAAAGAAGCAGUAUCGUCGAAAACUGAGAGAAGAGUUUGCUUUCAUCCCACCAGCUGCAUUAGAUUUAUUUGAUUAUAUGCUGGCUCUGGAUCCCAGCAAGCGCUGCACAGCCGAGCAAGCUCUUCAGUGCGAGUUCCUGCGAGACGUGGAACCAUCUAAAAUGCCUCCUCCAGACCUUCCUUUGUGGCAGGAUUGCCACGAGCUGUGGAGUAAGAAACGCAGAAGACAGAAGCAGAUGGGCAUGACUGAUGACUCAACAGCAGCUAAAGUCCCUAGGAAGGAUCUUUCUCUAGGCAUGGAUGAGAGCAGAACCAACACCCCACAAGGCAUGCAAACUUCUUCCCAACUCAAAACUCAGGGCAACUCUAGUGUAGCACUUGCAAAAACAAGCACUGGACAGCAGUUAAACCAGAAUGAAGUGGCAAUCCUGCUAAACCUGCUACAGUCUAAAACAAGUGUUAGUUUGGCACAGUUUGCCCAAGUGUUGAAUAUUAAGGUAAACCCAGAGACUCAGCAGCAACUAAAUAAAAUAAAUCUUCCUGCUGGAAUUUUGUCAGCAGGUGAAAAACAGUCAGAACAACAGCAGCAGCAGCCGCCGCCGCCUCCGCCACCACUGCCGGAACAGGAGUCCCUAAAACAGCCGACCGUCACCCAACCUCCUGUACCCCCUGCUCAGCCUAAAGUUGAGACUGAUGCUGCCCAGGCAGCCGUGCAGAGCGCCUUUGCUGUUCUCUUGUCCCAGUUAAUAAAGGCUCAGCAAACAAAACAAAAAGAUUUUGCCUCGGAGGAGAAGGAAAACGGAUCGGGAAACGAAAUGUCCUUACAACUCAGGCAGCCUCCAGAGCCCACCACUCCCGUCUCCGUCAACCGGGACGACGUGGAAUCUCCAGCACCCGGCUACCCACAUCUCAUCAAGUCAUUGUAUACAUCUGCAGGUCAAGAGGAUUUGGUUAGGCAGUCGGAGAUGAGGCUUCUAAACCGAACACCCGAACAAGAACGCCCUCGGAUCUUGCCUCCAGACCAACGUCCCCCAGAGCCACCAGAGCCUCCACCUCUCACUGACGAAGACCUUGAUUAUCGGACAGAGAACCAGCAUUUGCCUAUAAGUAACUCUUCAGGAACAGAUCCUCACGCAGGGGUGAAGGCAGCUCUUCUCCAGCUGCUUGCUCAGCAUCAAGCUCAGGCGACGACGGAGGAGCCGGUCCAAACGAGCGUGGAUUAUCAGGCUAGAGACUCCUACAUGACAGGCCCAGACUACAAGGAUAACUUUGGAUCAUCAUCUUCCUUCUCCUCUGCCCAUUACGGCAGCAGCGACGGAAUAGGAAGCGGGUCGUCAGGAGCUUUAGAAAGGAGGAGCUUCCUUGGAAACUCGGAUAUUCAGUCUUUGGAUAACUACAGUACUGCUUCAUCUCACUCGGGUGGUGCCCCUCCUCCUCCGCCGGCCUUUUCGGAAUCCUUUCCCAGCUCAGUAACUGGUUAUGGAGACAUUUACCUCAACGCUGGCCCCAUGCUGUUCAGUGGAGAUAAAGACCAUAGGUUUGAGUACAGCCACGGCCCCAUCCCUGUUUUGGGGAGCGGCGGCGAGGCUUCCGCGGGGCCGGAGAGCACGCACUCUUUGCCCACAAAGAUGCACAACUUUAGCUACGGAAGCAAUUUACAGGAAAAUCCCAGUGGCAUGGGCCACAUGCAUGGACAGACUUGGACUUCUCCUGCCCAAGGACCUGGCUAUUCCCAAGGAUACAGGGGACACAUUAGCACAUCCGCAGUGAGAGGGCGAGGCAGAGGAUUACCAUAUUGAGUAUCUGUUUUUCCUCAGGCACAUCAUUUUUAUCUGGAAAAACUUUUUUGUUUUGUUUUGGUUUUGUUUUAGUUUUUUUUUUUUUUUUCCUAGCUGCAGUUUAAAGCAGCAAUUCAACAGACUUGAAUAAUGUUAAUUCAACAGCUUUAUUUUUAUGUGGAAAAGGGUCUUGCAUACAGUAGGAAAAAUUAAAAAUGCUUAAAGCUCAUGCUGUCUGAAAAAAAAACUAGAUAAAUUGAUUGUACAUGUUCACAAACUCUAGUUCUGAAUUUUAUUUUGUAUUUUGGCAGUUUUAAGUGGUUGCUAAAUUUAGGGACAUCAGCUUUUUAUGGCACUCUUUCAGAUCUUCUGAACUAUGCACAUUUGUGCUUUUUUUGUAAGUUUGGACCAACUUUUAUGUAAAAAAAAAAUAAUUUUACAACAAUCAAAGCAGGGCACUGAUUUAUUUGGUAUUUUUCUUUUUACAGAACUACCUUUAGUCAAAGGUCACUGUCAGUCUUUGCACUGCUUUCAGUGUUAUUGUGGAAGGUGUACUUUGUGCUCAUUUCAGAUAAUAAAACACAACCUUUCUCUUGAUGCAAAAUUUUAUAAAUAUUUGGUCAAUGUUAUUUUUUUUUUUCUUUCGAGAAAAAAAAAGAAUGGAUGUUCUGAUAAAAUGUUCUCUCCAUCUCCCAGGCUUGUUUAUAUAAAAACUGUUUUACUUGAAUGGUAAGUGCCUUAACAUGUAAGCUUAAGGUCUGCAAAAAUUUGGAAGUACUUUAUAGGUCGAUACGAAAAUAAUACCUAAACUUAGGUAGUUAACAGGAAAAUCCAGAUAAUUAUAGGCAACUCGAAUAGGUCAUAACCUUGUGCUGUUUAUUUCAUGUGGGCCAGUUAUUUAGAGACCUAAUCUUACCUUGAUGAAAUGGUAAUUUCCCCACUGAACUUGAUGAGAAACAAGGAAAGCGAGGAGAAGAAUGGGUAGGUUUUCCUCAGCUCCCUCUUGGAGUUGUAGUGUUUUAGUUCCUCUGCCAAAUAAACUCCUUUACACGUCCUUCCCAAGUGAUUAAAUAGUUUUGUUUUUUGGUUUUUUUUUCUCUUAAAUGUCAACAGCAGUAAUUACUUUGUGUGAAAAGCUGACACUGUUCUUUUUACCGCAAGUACUGCAUUAAUAGGAAGUAACCAAAGGAAAAAUGAGCAGUAUUUAAAGCAACAGCAAAACGUUUGACACUAGUUCUAAUUCUCUGUAAACUUGUGGUUGUGCCAAUGAAUCCAAUUUUAUAUUCGCUAUUCCACAGAACAUUUAAUAUUGGAAUCUCUCUGAACAACGGAUAAAAUGACUGCAGUUAAAAAAACUCUUUACCAAGAGCCACUCCUCAUAUUAAUUACAGCUUAAUUACGGCUUCCAGCAUGGAUUUUUUUUGGUGUUUUUGUUGUUUUUUUUUCCUUUGACAACAAGUGGUCUCUCUCCUGCAGAGAGGGGAGGUAUGGUUAUAUUUUGCAUGUACGUAAAAGAAUGUUUUAAAGCCCAUAUUGGAAAUAAUUUUCCAACUGAUUCUCCAGUUGACAAAUCGGUACCUUAUGUAACUGAGUGUUUAAUUAUUACUUUUUAAAAAGUAAAAUUUCUACUUACACUAUUACAAAUGUAGUCUUGUCGGUGACUUUUUGGAUUUUUUCAGAAUAGAAGGCAAAGUUGUUGGUGUUUUGGUUUGGUUUUAGUUUGCAAAUCCUGGUUCCUGUCUGGCUUAAUGACCGCGCUGUAGAGCGUGGAGAAACUCGUUUCGCUAAUUACGUAGCGAUUGAGGGUCUGGGAGAGGAGAAAUGGAGAGACAAGAGAGAAAGAGAGUGUUGUGCUGCUCCUGGUGUCCCUGUGAGUCUGGCAGUUGCCCUCUCCGGGCACAGCAGAGAAUCCUGCCCUUGGAAAAUAAAGGUGACCUGCUCAGAAACAAAUACUUAACGACCCAAAUAAGCCUGUGCUUAAAAAAAAAAAAACCUAAAGCUUGAUGUGUGAAUGUCAGUGCACUGAGUAGUUUUCCCUGAGUGAGGACACCCCCGUAGCUUUUUUUCUGCUAGUAAAAUUUUCAAGGCAAAAAUCAUUAGUUUGGUUUAGAUACAGACAGUGUCGGCUGAAUCCCCCAGUGAUAAACACAGAUUGCCUUUUUUUUGUUUUUUUCAGAAUCAAGCAAAAGACUUCCAAAGCAGUUGCUUCUUUUGUGCAGUCUGGUGUUACUCUCCUCACAGCAAAAUUAGCUGCAGGUGAUAAUUAGCUAAAGAAAGCAGGUAAGUUCAAAUGGAAGGUAGAUCUUGGAGGACUAAAUGAUUUCACUCGCGAUACAAAAAUGCAGGGAAGAUUUUUGUGCCUCCUACUUGCUUCCCUUUUGGAGGUAAACUUUCAAGUUAUUUAGUUCACCUCCUUCAACGCAGAGAAGUCGGUCUCCUCUGCGCAUCUGAAGGACUGGAGCGGUUUCCUUAGGGGCUGGCAGGACUCUGAUGGGGCAUUGUUCACCCAAAAUCUGUUGAAUGAAAAAAAAAAACAACGAACAAACAAACCACAAAACCCACAACAAACACCCCAGCAGGAGGAAUCCUGACUGUGAGGAGAGAGAGAGGAGGAGGUGCCAUAGACAGUUGACUUCCAGCUGAAUCAGAAGUGAAACCCUGGCGCGCUGAGCAGUGACGUUGCCCCAAAUUGAAUUUAAGGAUUACUAACCUCUGACUUGGAAGGCUUUUUUUAAAUUUUUGGCCUGGGACUGUAGCCUUGGGAUCAUUUGGAGGGAAAGUUGAUGGUAUUUCCCUAUAUGAGAACUGGGAAGGGAUCACCUUCUCUGCAACCCGGGGGGAUCUUCUCAGCUCUUGGGCUGCCAGCCUUCCCUCCUGGGCAGGCGGAGGCUGCGUGUGGGGCAGGAGCUCUGCCCUCCCUCCGUGGGGCAGCCCUCGGGGUGCCUGGCAGGAGGAUUCCUCCUCCAGCCCCAGAGUUACCCCUGGGCAGGUUAGGAGCUGGGGAACUGCCUGGAUCUAAGGACUGUAGGUCCACGUUCGUUUGUACCAGACCUGUCUUAUUAUCUCUCCAAAAAAAAAAUUAUUUCGAAUUAAAUCACACGACAAGGUGCUGACGUUCAUUGAGAAUUUUUACCCUUUUUGGAACAAACGUCGCAGGGCAGAGCGAGCCCCCACCUCCUUUGGUGCUUCACCUCCUGUGGCUGUUGGGGUUUUUGGAUGCAGCAGUAGACAUUCUGGAAAAAAACUGCCUCGUUUUUUCUGUGGAGCCGUGGCUUUUUGUUCCUUCCCAUUCAUUCCUUGAGGUUUACAUUUCCUCUGCUGCUGUUCCAAAGCGUGGAAAUACAGAGACCUGGAGGCUGCAUCACAAAGUAAGUGUCGUGUGUUUGUAUUUCUAAAGAAACGUAGCAAAAUACUCUAAUCCCCCACUAUGGAGUAGAAAGUACUUCAUUAUUUAUAUGAAGUGGUCUUUAGCCAUACCAAGAGGAGGAAAGAGCACGACUGGACCACUGUGACCAGGACUUAAAACACUUUAGACUAUUACUAAAUACUUUAAAACCAGCCAAAGGAAAAGGAAGCGGCUUUUAUGGUGGGAUGGCUCCUUGUUACCUUUUAACAGAAGGAGCAGCGUUAGGAAAGAGGUGUAAAAAGAUGUGUAUUGUUAAAUGUUAAUAUAAUAUUUUGGUUUUGUUUUUGGUUUGGGAAAAAAUUAAUUUUAAAAAUGGCACACUUUUCUAUUUUCUGACGUUUCCAUAAGAGGGGGGCUGAGUUGAGUUGCCCUUUCUGGAAGCAGAGGCAGGAGGGCUGGCACGGCGGUCCCCAGCGAUUCCCAGUGCUCGGUGCAGGAGGCAGUUUGCUCCUGGGUGAGUUUAUAACAGAGAAUGGUGUGGUCUGGGGUAACAGGAUACCUCUUGUCUGCGGGCAAAUUAGAUCUCAGACCACAAAUUCUCUUCCCAAGAGAGAAAAAUGCUCCCGUGUUUCUUGCGUUCUUCUUUUGUGUUAAUAAAACACACAAGCGUUCUUACAGACAAUGCUUCUCCAGCCUGUUCCAUCACGCUGGUUUUUACAGGAGGAAAUUUGGGCUUUUUCCCUUCUUGAUAGUUUCGGGAUGUUCUGUGCACGCAGAAAUGUGUCAUGAGUUUAAGGAAUCAGCCAGAAAAACUAAGUUGAAUGCUGUAUUUAAAAAAUGAAAUGACCUUGGGUUGGCUUCAAAUCGAACUAACUUUUGCUUAUCAGGGUGAAGAAUGCUUUAUUGCAGGAGUUAUUUCAAGACAACCUAGUUGAAAAUAAUCAAACUGUUAUGCUUCAGCUUGCUUUCUCUUUGUUAUUUUAAGCCAUUUGUAUAUAAAAUGUAUUGUGCGGCCUGUAAAUAAAAAAAUUCAAGUGAAA